AUGGCCCUGGCAUCGCCUAUUGCUACCUCGCAUUUGACUGCAAGAGAUGAAGUUUUCCCUCAGUGUGCGACCGACUGCCAGAGCCAAGUCAUUGCCGAAGCUGGGACACAAUGCUCUGCCAAAGAUAUACCCUGUCUCUGUGCAGACGAGGCAUUCCAGGUGGCAAAGCAUCUCAGCUCACAGGCCUGUGGUAUCAUCACAAAACCGCGAUACACCGAAGUAGACGCGGGCACGCUUAUCCCUUUCCUAUUUGCUAGUUUCUUCUUCUCAGUUAGGAUCGCAUCUAAGGCGAUGCAUCUGGGAGGUGGAUGGGGUGCUGACGACUAUACCAUAUCUGUGGCAUAUGAUAGGGUGCUAACCACCUAUCUAGUGAUCCAUUAUGGCUUUGGCAAAAACAUAUGGGACGUUAUUCCACAGGAAGAUUUAACAAUAGCAUUCAAGGUCCAUCUUGUCCAGGUCCUCAAGGAAAUUAUUAUUGCACUCAAUGCGGCAAUUGGAAUUACAUGGAUACUAGUUGAUGCUUUCCACUGUGUCCCCGUCCAUCUAGCGUGGACCUCAUGGAAAAUGGAGGAGACAGGCACUUGCAUCAACUUCAUGACCUCAACCUAUGUCAACGGGUUCGUCAAUAUCGCUGUUGACACUGUCAUGGUAACUAUGCCAAUAUACGAGGUCGUCAAGCUGAAACUAUCCCGCCGUAAGAAGGUCGGGGUUGCAGUGAUGUUCGGAAUGGGUCUACUAUUGACGGCCAUUGGAAUUGCACGAGUGAUUAUCCUGUUCCAGCAUGAUCCCACUACAAACCCUACCUAUGAAAUGGCACCCCUAAACUACUGGUCCAUGAUCGAAUGCCAGAUAGCUAUUGUCUGCGCGUGCCUACCUGCCAUACGGACACUGCUCAUCCACUACGUUCCCGAAGUAUUUGGCCAAACCACCGAGGCUGCGUCUCAAAAACGAUUGAAUGCUUCUUCUACCGGCAACUCCAAGGGAGAGGAGUAUACCUCCAACUCCACCUUGGUCGAAUCCGGGGAUGGCUACAUUUCCAAGACCAUUUCAUAUUCGGUGAACACUACGAUAAAAUCCGAGAACAGCCCGACGGAGCCAUCCAUAAAUCUCGUCCAGGUUGAUCGAAGAAGAGUAUGA